AUUUCACGUGGAGCGCCCCAUUGGAGCGCAGUCACCUGUGCGCCCACUGGGACUCAAUGUUAACAGCUGACACCGACAAUGAUAUCAAGAGUCGAGCUUUUGCAUGCUGCGCAGGCUCUUUGUGACGAUUUUGCAUCCAAAAAAGAUAUUGAUACCCUCUUAUCCCACUUUUCCACCACACACCAAUGCACACUGGUUGAACAUGGCGAGCCUUUUCUUGCUCCUUUCUUAGGGCGACCUUUCAAUGGUAUCAGCGGUGCAUUGAUGUACUUUGACCUGAUCAACAAACAUCUGUCGUACGAGAAUAUGAGAUUCUCGGAGUAUGUCGUGGACGUUGAAGCACGCAAGGUAUCAGUCAAGGGGAAGGCCAAAUUCACUUGGAUAGAAACGGACGAAAGCUGGGACGAAACCUUCGCAUAUAUGCUGGACUCUGAUGAUGAAUUGAAGAUCACAGACUAUCAGGUCUGGGCAGACUCUGGAGCUGCAUAUCUUGCCAGCAAAGGGGAGCUUGGUCGGUCAAAAGGGUGAACAGCAAGGAGGCGAGUGGAAUCGGUAUCGAUCGUACCUGAGCUCUACAGAGCCGCUAGCUUAUCCUUCUGCAUGAUCAUCACGAAAUACAGUUAUAGCUUCCAUAUGACUACGACUGUAUAACAGGUAUACCGAAGAUAUUCCUGACGCUGAUGAGU